AUGCGUGAUUGUCUUGCUGCGUGCGCUGCUUGCCCGGGGCCUGGCAGCAAGCCUGGCAGCAAGCCUGGCAGCAAGCCUGGCCAAGCAAGCCUGGCAGCAAGCAAGCCUGGCAGCAAGCCUGGCAGCAAGCCUGGCAGCAAGCAAGCCUGGCAGCAAGCAAGCCUGGCAGCAAGCAAGCCGGCAGCGCAAGCCUGGCAGCAAGCAAGCCUGGCAGCAAGCAAGCCUGGCAGCAAGCAAGCCUGGCAGCAAGCCAAGCCUGCAGCAAGCAGCCUGGCAGCAGAAGCCUGGAGCAAGCAGCCUGGCAGCAAGCAAGCCUGGCAGCAAGCAACCCUGGAGCAAGCAAGCCUGGCACAAGCAAGCCUGGCAGCAAGCAAGCCUGGCAGCAAGCAAGCGGCAGCAAGCAAGCCUGGCACAAGCAAGCCUGGCACAGCAAGCUGGCAGCAAGCAAGCCUGGCAGCAAGCAAGUGGCAAGCAAGGGCACAAGCACCUGGCACAAGCAAGCCUGGCAGCAAGCAACCUGGCAGCAAGCAAGCCUGGCACGCAAGCCCUGGCAGCAGCAAGCCGGCAGCAAGCAAGCCUGGCAGCAAGCAAGCCUGGCAGCAAGCAAGCCUGGCAGCAAGCAAGCCUGGCAGCAAGCAAGCCUGGCAGCAAGCAAGCCUGGCAGCAAGCAAGCCUGGCAGCAAGCAAGCCUGGCAGCAAGCAAGCCUGGCAGCAAGCAAGCCUGGCAGCAAGCCUGGCAGCAAGCCUGGCAGCCUCCCCGUAGUGCCCCCAAACGUGACGCUGUCCGUUUACUGA